AUGGACGAGGCCGCCAGCCGUCUGGAGCGGGAACACGUGCACGGCGUCUACGAGAAGAUCGCGCCCUACUUCAACGACGGCCGCUACAAAGCCUGGCCCAAGGUGCGGCAGUUCCUGCUGGAGCAGCCGCCCGGGAGCAUCGUGGCCGACGUCGGCUGCGGCAACGGCAAGUACCUCCACAUCAACGAGCGAGCGUUCAAGCUGGGCUGCGACGUCUGUCGCCCCCUGGUGGACUUUGCCGGAGGCCGAGGGCACGAGGUGCAGAUGUGCGACGGGCUCCGUUUGCCGUACCGGGACGGCUGCUUCGAUGCCGUGCUCUCCAUCGCAGUCAUCCACCACUUGUCCACCAAAGAACGUCGUAUCCGAGCAAUAAAGGAGAUGGCCCGCACGCUGCGAGCGGGGGGCCGCCUCAUGAUCUACGUGUGGGCCAUGGAACAGAAACGCCGCAAAUUCGAGAAGCAGGACAUCUUCGUCCCGUGGAACCUCGACGAGCACAGGAAGGUCCGUAGCGCGUCGGCGGCGGCCGACGGCGCCCGCCCGCCGCCGCCGCCGCGCGGUCACUGGUUCUUCUCGCGCUCCAUGGACUCCUUCUUCGACUUCGGGAGCUUGUCCGUCUCCCGCCCCUCGUCCCGGGAUCCCCUGGCCGUCGGCCGGGGCCUCGUCCGACGGUUCUCCGGCUUCUUCUCCCCGCCGUCCGAGGAGGACGUCUUCGGCUCCGAUCUGCGGCAGGGGCCCGAAAAUGAAAAAGGGGAGGGCGGCGCGGCGUUGGCGCGGCAGUGCGGAGCUUACGCCUUGCCCGACCUGGUCUCUCUCCCGGAGACGACGGCGGAGAGCCCCCCCCCGGCCGUCGAACGCCCUCCGGCCAACGGCGCCCGCCUGCGCUACUAUCACGUGUUCAGGGAGGGCGAGCUGGCCGAGCUCGUCGGUCACGUGGAAGAACUGGUCGUCCGCCGCGCCUACUUCGACCACUCCAACUGGUGCGUGGUCGCCGACAAGCCCACCAUCCAAAAACCGGAUCGGGACUCAAGAGGAGUCCGCGCCUUGCAGCGGCAGCAUGAUAACAGGGAAGUGGGACCCGACACCGUCAAGAACUGCCGAACUGUGUCGACGACGCUGCCGGUGGAGGAGGUGAUCCUGAUUCGGUCUCUCCUGGCUUUUACAAAUGCGCAUUCCCGCUCCCUCCUCACACACGGUCUGCCUGCGGGCCCCUCGGGGAAACGCCAUGCGGCACCGCGAGGAGGAUGGCCACGAGUCACGGAGCUCCCGCUAUAUUGGGCCCGAGCGAUCGGCGUCUACGGGCGACGUUUCCUUUUUCCGACUCGACAGACGCUAAUCGACAUCGAACGGCGCUCGACCGGGAUAGAGCCGUCAGAUUCCUCGGCGCGCGGUGACGCCAUCGCCGCGGAGCUCCGGACAGAUCCAGACUUGAACGGCACGGCCCCCCGAUGCCAGAUGUUCAAAUCUGCGGCGCUCCGACGCCGGCGAGCAUUGAAGUCAAAGCGAGCCGAGUCAUCGCACGCGAACAAAGAGCGCCUAGAACUCAUUGUUGUCCAUCUCUUUCAGACGUUCGCGCCGAUGAUCUGGGAUGACGCGCGACCGGCUGCUUUUUUGUCCUGA